CAGUAAAGUUACGCCGUCUCGUCGACAUGUAUCCCGUCUUUGAUCCUUACAUGUACCAUGUCUGCUGGUGGGUUAACAGAGUAACAGCUGAGCCGGACAUCCUGCGUCUUAAGUCCUAGCUCGCUCUCAUAGUACGUAGUAAUUGUUAUCGUCGCCAUAACAAUGGGCGAACAAACCUCAAAUUCUGGGGAGGCAUCGUGUCCGACGCGUUGCAGUGAUGGUUACAGUAGGGCUGUCCUAACGGUGCAAGGAAAAAUUUCCAGGGCAACAGGAGCUGUUGGUGCCUACGUUGCUCGGCGGCCUGUGCUUGUAAUCUCCCUGAGUAUACUGGCUACCGCAGCAGCUGCGGCUGGAUGGGCUCGCUUCAAGAUAGAGAGUGCAACCGAUGUUCUAUGGGUCCCCCAAGACACAAAGCCCCAGAGAGACGAGGAUUGGGUCAAGACGAUAUACGGAGCUGGCGGUGGCUAUGCGCAGUUCUUUGCCACAGUCAACCCCAAGCAAAAGUCUGCGUACGGCGACAACGCACUACAGCUGCCGAUCUUUUGGGAGAUGUUCCAGGUGGAUGCUGCCGUACGCAACAUCACCGUCAUGGAUGGAGACAAGAAGUACGGCUGGGAGCAGAUCUGCACCACCAAGUUUGACGGCAGCUGCAAGUACAGCAGCUCGCUCCAUCUGUGGAACAUGAGCUUCAGCACCUUCCUGGCCGCGGUCAACGGCUCCGCAACCGACCCAACCGCCGGCAACCGCGACGCCGUCAUCGGCGCCGUCAACCAAAUCCGCUUCCCGGACAACACACCCGUCUCCACGCUGUCAAUCUUCGGCGGCAUCUCGCUCAGCCCGCUGCCCAACCCUCCCCCCGGCGCCCCCGACCUCUACAUGUCCGCCGCCCGCGUCGUCUCCAUGUCCUACUCCAUGCGCGACGGCGUGCCGGACGCGGUGCUCAAGAACUGGUACAAGGAGUACAUCAACCUCCUGAAGGCGCGGACCGAGCAGCUGCAGCACGCCUCGCUCGCCUACCUGGCCGGAAACAGCGUGGAGCUGGAGAUCGGCAACAGCGUGACGGCCGACCUGUACCUGAUUGUGAUUGCGGUGCUCAUCUUCAUCCUUGUGGCGGUGGUGGGCAUGUCGCGGUUCCACCUGGUCGCCACCCGCAGCUCGCUGGCGCUGCUGGGGGUGGUGAGCGCCAUCAUGGCGCUGGUGGCGGGCUACGGGCUGGCGAUGCUGUUUGGGUGCCCCUUCACAACGUUGGCGGAGACCCUCCCCUUCGUGCUGCUCGGCCUCUCCAUCGACUGCAUGUUCAUCCUGUCCAAGGCGUACGACCACGUGGUCGCGGGCGCCCCGGCCGCCUCCCUGGAGGAGCGCUUCCGCUCGCUCAUGUCCUCCGCCGGGACCAGCGUGGUGGUGACGCUGCUGGCGUCGGCGGUGGCGUUCGCGCUGGGCGCCAUCAGCGAGCUGCCCUCGGUGCGCUGGUUCAGCGUGUACGCCACCAUGGGCGUGGUGUGCAUCCUGGUGGCCACGAUGACCUUCCUGGUGGGCGUGAUGGUGCUCACGGAGCGCCGCAUCGCCCGCAACCGCCUGGACUGCUGCUGCUGCGCCACCAGCGGCGGACCGCCCCUGCCCACCGCCGCCAGGGCCUUCCUGGCGGCCCCCGCCGGCGCCGGCUGCUGCGCCAACACGGUGCAGCCGGGCAUGGCGCCACCCAACCACAUGUGCGCUCCCUCGCGUGCGGCGGUGGCGGAAUCUGCGGAGCAGGUCUCCGACUUCAAGACCUCCGCUGUCCCUGUUGUGGCCUGCCAGGACCCCACCCGCGGCGGCUCCCCGCGCCAGCACCCCGCCCCCCUCUCCGACGAGGAGGCCGAGCCCAACCUCAUGAAGAAGCUCUUUUCGCGCUACUACGCGCCAUUCCUGACCAAGUGGUACGGCAAGGUGUUUGUGCUGGCCAUCUUUACCGGCUGGAUCGUGCUCAGCGGUGUGGGCAUCCCCAAGCUCAAGCUGGGCCAGCCGCUGAGCGAGCUGGCACCUGACACCAGCUACCUGCAGGACUACGUGAAGGUCAUGGAUGACACGUUCAACAAGCAGAUCGGUUCCCCCACCGGCCUCUAUUUCCGCUGGCUGGACCCCGCGCCGCCCGCGCAGCAGGAACGCAUGCUCCGGGCGCUCACGGCCGUGCUGGACUGCCCCUACACCAACGCCACCAUCUCCGCCUUCCAAGGCAACUGGCUGCUGGACUUCAUCGAGUGGGUGCAGUCCAACCACCCGGAGGUGACGUUGGAGGCGCUGCCGGGCUGCGUCAACCCCUUUGUCACGCGCACCUCGGGCGACCUGGGCAAAUUCGUGUCGCCGAAACCCAUCAAGGGCUGUAUCCCCGAAAAGUACUUCUACCCGUUGCUCGAUAAGUUCCUGGACGUGUCCCGCGGCUACCGAGACGACCUGCAGUGGGUCUACGUGCCCGGCAACAACGGCAGCCGGGUGCCCUCCUUCCUCUGGUCGCACCGCUUCCCCGCGGUGCACACGGCGGAGGGCGACAACGACGCCUACUCCAAGGACAGUCUCAAGGCGGUCAAGGAGGUGGAGCGUGAGGUGAACCAGGCGUACUUUGCGGCCGCUAAUGCCGAUACGCCGGAUGAUGUGUUCUUCAUGUACAAUGGCAACUACAUCUACGGCGAGGGCGACGCCAUCAUGGCCAGCAUGACCACCGAGUACGUGCUGCUGGCGGUGGCGGGCGUGGGGCUGGUGCUGACGCUGACGCUGCCCUCGGUGCGCGCGGUGGUGAUGAUGAUGAUUGCGGUGGGCAUGGUGGACUUCUUCCUGUUCGGCGAGAUGUUCAUCCUCAACAUCCGCUUCAACCAGGUAUCCAUCAUCAACAUGAUCAUGGCCACCGGCCUCUCCGUCGACUACUCGGUGUAUUUCGCACAGCGCUUCGUGGCUGUCACCGCGGACGGUACCCUCAACGGUCGCAUGGCCAUGGCGCUCUCGGACACCGGCAGUGCGGUGUUUGUGGGCGGUCUGACGGCCCUAGCGGGCACCAUUCCGCUGGCCUUUGCCUCCUCAACCAUCCUCCGCACGUUCUUCGCGCUCAUCUUUGGCACCAUCUGCUUUGCGCUGUUGAUUGGGCUGAUGCUGAUGCCGGUGGUGUUUAGCUUGGUGGGGCCGCCGCCGCCGAAGCAGGGGGCUGACGAGUCGGUGGCGCCGGCGGGAGGGAAGGGCGGGGAUGAGUUCGUGCCACAGAAGCAGCAGCAGCAACUACAGCAAUUCCAGGCGCCGCAGCAGCAGUCGCUUGAGAUGGGCGGCGGUCGUAAAGGAGGUGUUGACAUGGUAUGAUGCGGUUGAUGACGUGGUGUGGUCGAAUGCUGUUAGGUGUCGAUGUUGAUGUUGUCUGUACAUAGUUACUUUCUAAUGUUCUGCAUGGCCGCAAGCUUAGUUGGUGGGUUAGAACGAAACCCAAUCGGAUGCGGGGGUACGGUAUUAAGGGUGGGCAGGGGUUGCGUGAACGGUACCGCCCCCCAUCUUCCUCGUGACCUUUCGACACCUCGUGUCUUCUAGGUGGCUGCCACCACCACCUGCUCGGCUAUCGCGAUCCCUACGGGCACUCCUGUCGUGCAGUGGCUGGUGCGCGGUUGGUAUACCUCCCUUGUGAGAGCUCUUCAUGGAUUAUUUUACCUCGCUUUUAUGUUACGGAUGUGAUUCCUGUUGGACGAACGGACGUAUGGUAAGGAGCGGGUCGUCAUGCUUCGAUGCCCGCUUCGUGGGGUGGGCCUUGACUGUGUGCUCAAGCAGGGGUUUUAGGACAAGUGGUUGGCGCCAUGGCGUGCGUGGGGGUCUCGACCGGUGGUGCUGAAAUUGAUCCUACCAUAUGUAUGGUGUUCCUAUUGCAUGUCUGCAUACGCGUGCGUGAGAACCCGAACACUCGUUGAGAAUACUGUGCACAGUGGGUUCGAAAGGCCUUGAAGAAAUGUCGUUGUGGCUGAGUAGCAUGGUUGUCCGGGGGAUAAGCCACACACCCAGGCAGCAGAUCAUCUCAGCUGCAACAUCGGCUGGAAAGUAUGACUUGUUGGGAUAAAGCGACGUUCCUUGACGGCUGUGUGGGUGGCCUUUAAGGCACGUGUCCCUCACGACGGCUUUUGACGUACGACAUUGGGAGUAACCGACGGCGAAAAUGUAACGCUGUACACUGUAACGGCGAAAUACGCUC